CAACUCGGGGCAUGGGUGCAGCAGGACCCCCAGCACAACACGGGGCUCGGCUGCCCCACUGCUGUGCUCAGUGGGUGCCCAACCCUGUGUACUAUGGGAGAAGUGGUGCUUGGGGAUGAAACCCGGGGGGAAACAUCAAACCUUUGUGCAGCUCACAGCAGGGUUCACUCAGCUGUUCUCCAUCCAUCGCAUUGGAUGCUUGUAUGGUGUUUAUUUGGGGUGUCCAGGAGAAGCCAAUAUCACAAGGUGCUGUGUCCCCAGUCUGGCUGUGGUCCAGGCUGCAGCUGGCAGCGAGCUGUGGGGGAAAUGGGACAAUGGGGUUGUGCAGCAGCAGGAAACAAAGAGUUACGGUGCCACGGGAGGUUUAGUAUCACGUAGCAACCCUUCACGCUCCAGGAGCUCAGUGAGCUGCAGCUCAGCAGACAGGCUGCCCUAUGGCUGAGCACCCACCCAUGGAUCUGGUGCCAUCCACACAGCUGAUGGCUGCAGAUGGCACUGAAGCCCCUCAUCCCCGAGCCACCCGCCGCGGCUCCAACCCCACAGCCCCAACCCGGGGCCCAGAGGAAGGCAAAGCCCCCCAGCUGCUCUCGCGCCGCAGCUCCAUGCUCAGCACCCUGCUGGGCCCUGCAGGCAGCCGCCGCAGCUCUCUGGGGGCAGCCCCAGGGGGCAAGAAGUCCUCCGUAGGGCCCUGGCUCCUCCACAGCCGUGUGAGUUUCACAGGGCUCCCACUGUUCCAACCCAUUCCAGAGACCCACCCGGAAAACACCUACAGGAUGGGGCCGGAGGAAGGCUGCAGGUUCAAUGCAGGGCGGGUGCAGCGGGUGCUGGAGGCAGCCCUGGCUGGGGCGCUGGGGGGCACAGCCUACAGCCCCCAGGGCAGCGUGCUGCUGGUGCAGAGCCUGGCUGAGCUGCUGCGGGGCCGGGCAAAGGAGGUGGUGCCACCCCGCUACAAGCUGGUGUGCCAUGUGCUGCUGGGCCAGCAGAACCAGCAGAGCAUGCUGGUGGGCAGCCGGGCACUAUGGGACCCUACAAGCGAUAGCUUUGCCUCUGCUUCUUUCUGCAAUGCCUCACUCUUUGCUGUUGCCACAGUGCAUGGGGUUUACUUUGAGUAGAGGUCACCUCCCCCAACCCACACUCCACCCUGCAGCCCUACAGGGCUAGUGCAAAUAAAUACC